AUGAUUAAACUCUUUCGCGGGCAAUCCAUAGCGAUUAGUGAAGUUGAAAAACUGCAACGUAAUGUUAAUGGACUCAUAUCAUUCAAUUCUUUUUUGUCAACAUCGCGCGAUAAAGAUGUUGCAUUGGCGUUCAUAUGUGCUGGGAGCAGCGAAGAAUACGGAAAUGGUAUAACACGAUUACUUUUCGAAAUGACAAUCACCAAAAAUUUUGUUUUUGAUAUAGCCAGUAGAAGUCAAUAUCAGGGUGAAGAAGAAUGCUUGUUCAUGAUUGGAUCUAUUUUUCAGAUUGCAUCAGUUCAGAAAUCUGAAGAGAAUUAUUGGUAUGUGCAACUAAACUACGUCGCUGAUGACAAUCUUAAUGAAUUGAAAGCAAUUAAACAACAUUUUCUCGACAGAAUCGUAGUCGAUAAAGGUCCGUUACAUCUUACAUGGGGCCGCUUUUUAUAUCAUAUUGGUGAAUAUGAUUUAGCAGCGGAUCAUUAUGAAAAAUGGCUAAAGAAAUUAGGAGAUAUUGAUGAUAAUGAACUUCUUGCUACCAUUCAAAAUGACUUGGGUGUGAUAUAUUAUCAGAAGCAAAACUAUGCUAAAGCAAACGAGCAUCACACAUUAGCAUUCUCCCAUGCUCUAGCUUCACCUUUCCGACUCGAUCUCACUGUAUUUUAUGACAAUCAGGGUGGUAAUCAAACGAAACUGAACGAUUAUAAUAAAGCACUCAAGAUGUACCAACUUGCGCGCAAAAUUGAAGGGCAAAGAAAACCAAUAAAUUUCUUGUAUAUUGCUCGUUUAUAUUCCAAUAUGGGCAGCAUUUAUUAUCAUCAACAUCAAAUUCCAGAAGCACUCAACUGUUUUGAAAAAGCAUUUAAACUACAGCGACGUAUACCACUAAUGAAUUCAAUCGAAUUAGCUGUUACUUGUAACAAUCUCGGGAACGUCUAUACAAAGACACGUUAUUAUGAUAAAGCUUGCAAAUACCAUUUGGAAGCGUAUAAAAUUGCACUUCGUUCACUACCUCCAGAUCAUCCAACUGUACAAUUCUGUUUGGAAAACUUGAAUACGUCUAAAAAAAGACUGUUGAAAACAAAUAUCGUAUCAAAUGUAAUGCCAUAUAGUCGAGAACGCAAGAACAGUGACAUAAGUAUCUGUCAAAUCGAAAUUCAAUCAGGCAGUACAACUCAAACCUAA